AUGAAAUAUCCAAAAGCUGUGGUAUUCGAUUUGGAUUAUACGUUAUGGCCAUGCUGGUGUGAUGUUCAUAUUGAGUUGCCUAUCAAAAAUCAUAGACCCGAUGAGAUAGUUGAUAGUUAUGGAUAUAAGUUAAAGUUAUAUAAAGAUGUUCCUGGGAUCAUAAAAGAAUUGAAAGACAAUGGUGUCACCAUUAUAAGUGCCAGUAGAACCCCAACUGUUCACAUAGCUAAAGAACUCAUUUCACAUAUCAAAAUCGAUAACAUACCUAUGAAAGAUUAUUUCCAUAGUAGUCAAUGGGGAACAGGAUCUAAAACUAGACAUAUAAAGAAUGCUGCCAAAGAAUUAGGGUUAGAAAAAGAAUUGGCUAAUGGAGAGUUCAUCUUAUAUGAUGACGAAUAUAGAAAUAAAGAUGUCAAUUCUAUUGGCUGCAAAUUCGUUUACCUUAGAGAUACUGAUUAUGGAUUAACUAGAGAAUUAUUUGAAAAAGGUUUAAAAGAAUAUAAUUAA